AUGGUAGACAUCUACGUCGGCCCCGAGAACACGCACUGGAUCCUGCACGAGAAGCUGCUAUGCCACUACUCGCCAUUCUUCCGCCGCAUCUUCUACGCCAAAAACUCCAACACGACCUCGUUCGGACUCCCUGAAGAAGAAGAUGCGCCCUUCAAGACCUUCGUCGGCUGGCUGUACAGCUCCUCGCUGCCCGUCCCGCGCGAAGAAGCCGACCUCGGCCUGCUCUUCGACCUGUACCUGAUGGCUGAGAAGUUCAUGAUCCCCAACCUCGUCGCAGAUGUGCUACAGGUUGUGCGCGAGUGGUACAAGUACUCCGACACAUACCCGGGUCUCAGGCGCGUGCAGUAUGUGUAUGCGAAUACCGAGGAGGGCAGCCCAAUGCGCCAUAUGCUCGUGCAUGCGGUUGCGCGCCUUAUGGUCAUUGAGAAGGGCAUUCCCGCGCACUGGGACAAGGCGCUGAAGAAGAACGGUCAGUUGGCGGUGGACAUCAUCCGCGCGAUUCAGGACUGGCGACUCGAUGAGGACGUCGUGCCCGAUGCGCGUGAUGAGCCUGAAGACGCGGAGGAACUCGUCGACGUCGAAGCCGAGACGGAGAAGUUGGAUCAGGAAGUCGAGGCGGAGAUUGAGGGUGGUGAAGUCGAAGAGGGCGAGGACGAUUCCGAAGCUACGGUCGUGGACUCGCCGACAACUCAGAAGCGCAACGAGUCGGCGGAGAAGGAGAAGACUGGCAAGACGGCGGAUGUCAAGGGGAAGGGGAAUGAUCUGGUCAAGGACUUUAAGAAGUUCAGUCUGACGGAGGUGCCUAAUGGUCUGGCGGGUGUGGAUUACGGCACUCUUCGCGCAUAA